AUGUCCUUUGCAACCAUUCUGCUUCUUUAUGCCAUCUUCAUUGCUACUGUAAUGAAUGCCUAUGGAGCGUUGCUUGCUUCAAGACACAUUUCAAACACAGUGGAACCUGAGGCGUUACAAAUCGCAACUACAGCAGCACAGAGCGACCACAUUAAACAUGUCAAGCAAAAGAUACACGAGAACACCGUCAUUGGAAGCACAAUACAAAUGAUCGUGGAGUGGAUUCAGGCAAACAAGCUGGCACCUCUCCAAUUUGACAUUGAGCAAGAUUUCGACUGUCAUCGUGCAUUAGCUAGGAAUGUCAUUGAUCAACUGCUUACUUCUCAAAGAUUGUCGGCCUUAUUCCAGGACAUGAACGGCGAAACCAAUGUUGCAUUGGCAAAUGGCGUUGCAAGAUUGGCUCUAGUGGCUAUGGACUUGGGCGAGUCUUCUGCUUUGCUGGCAGUAGUAACCGAGGUUCUCCUUAUCUGCAAUGAUUGCUCUGCCUUGAAUUUUAUUCAUUUUAGCGUAAAUCAAAAUACAUCAAUUGAAAAAUUACCCCACAUUCAGCAAAGCAUGGAGUUUGAAACCUUAUUGAUAGCAGCGAAUAGAUAUCGUGACACUGAAAACGCCUUUCGUGACCAACAUCAACACGAUAGACGCACUCUAGGUAGCGAGUCAAUCGAACGUAUUGCUGUCAGUGCUCUGGAAAAGAUCAACAGACUUCAAGCGGCUGCUGGAUUCAUCGUUCCCACAUCAAUGCAUGAUAUCGCUUCUGAAAAAUCUGGACGCCGCAUUUCAAAUUCAUCAACACUGACCAACAAUUCUGAAAUCAGCAGUUCAGUUUGUAGGUCUCCCAGCACCUCAUCAGUAGGCACUUCGAAUACAUCACUCACAGGCUAUGACUUGUCAAGAAAAGAACGCACCGAAUUCAUUGACAGAAAGGAUAUGUUGCAGCCCAACGAGGCAACUUAUUAUGACAUUAUCAAAUUCAAGACUGAUCUCUUACACAUCAAAUUGGAGGCAAAACAUCUUCUAGAUCAGGUCAUCAACCCGCUGACUAGCAUUGUAUCCACGGCAAAACCCAUUCACCGUAUUAAGCAGGUACAACACGCAUUUGCCACCCUGAUUUCUAUCUGUUGCGACACUGAAUCGGUUCUAAACAACCUGCAAUAUGGAUUUGCAUUCGAACAAUUGACAACGCACAUGGCUUCUCAUCUCAUCGAUGGCGCUUAUUCAAAAUUGCACCAGCAGACAAGCAUUGGAGACUAUCAAGCGAGCGAUUUCAAGGAGCUGACUGCCAGCGUCAACAAAGCCUUUGAUGUCACCUCCUCUGCUUUGAAGGCGUUCUCCAAUCUCAGUGCAGUUCCCAGCAGUUACUAUGCAAGAUACUUUGCGUCGAUGGAAGCACUCAUGGACAGAUGCACCCGGCUGGGCUCAGCGUACAAAAGCAUUGAUUCUGUGUAUCAAGGUGUCAUCGAAAUCAGAACAACAGUUCAGAAAGGCCACGACAAGCUCAGCACACUCCAAUACGACCAAGCAAUGCCAUUAAAAGACAUCGCUAUGAACAUCACAGCCAUUCAAUCCCUUUUUGCUGACAUCUACAGCUGCAGCACACAGAAAUUACAGGCUUUGUAUGGCACGCUCGAGCAGCAGAUCAAUUCCAGCAGCACUGGUGGAUAUCAAAGCGAAGAAAAGAUUGCCUUCAAUAUGGUCAAUCGCGUGUUUGAGGACAUUGCUAGCAUUAAGACAAAAAUCAAGAGUGCUUCUCAAGAAUUGGUUCAUUUGAGCGAUAAACACGACGUCAAAAACAACAUCAAUCAAGCAAAGAGCUGGCUCCAGGCAAUGAACUAUUCCUUGGGAUUAUUCAUCACUUUAGAGGCACUCUUUUCGUUUGGUUCCGUUGAUGCAGAUCAAGAAGCCUUGCAAGACAGAUACAGCGAUUUCCAAGAGAGAUUCACUGAAUUCACUCUGACUACUUACAACAAGAUAUGCUCCUACUUUGCCGAAGAUUAUGACGCAGGAUUGAAUUAUCAAAAGCUGGGCGAUACUCCUGGUGCCCAUAAUAGCAAGAAGGAGGAGUACAAACUGUUCGACAGUUUACAACAAGUGGUGGAUCUGACAAGCAAGCUGCUCAGCUAUACACAUCAGGCUUUGGUGCAAAGAAAGACAGUGACUGAAUACCUCCAUCAUCUCAAUGUCAUACAAGAAUGUAUCGCAUCAAACACACCUCUCCCUGCAUCCACUAGCUACGAACAUGCCUUUGCGUGUUUCUCCAACAUCUCAUACCCUCAGUUGAACAUUGACGGGCUCUCCAGCAUGCUCUACUACUACCAUCGUGAAUUGUAUAUUAGUUUGAGCGAGACAAAAGUAAAAUUAAUCGUCAACCAUCUUGGUGAUUAA